ACAGAGAAACAGUUGACAGAAGACGAAGGGACCGGGUUUUAACUCAGAGAACCACGAUAACUUUAUGUGCUAAGCUCUGAUCUACGGAGAGGUAGCUAAGCUCCCUGUGGUUUACCAAAGAGCCCACGGGGGGUUUGGUCAGAGUAAAAAUAGUAGUAGAAAAUAAACCGCCGGAGAUAACUUGACUACUGAACUUCUGAAAGGCAACUCCUUGUAGCCGACAGGCUUAUUAAGACAGCGAUGCACGAUUUACUUGAGCUCUGGGAAUAAUUACGAAGCACUGACAGAGCCCUCUGCAGCGAAAUCCACAUACAAUAAAGCGAAGUCAGGAAGCAGGACAUUGGAAACUAAGUGCGCGCACGUGUGUAUCCGCAUCGUCCAUAAAACACGGUAAACCAUUGACGAUUUGAUUCAACAUUUCCUUACGAGAUGGCAUCAAGAUUCCUUCUCCUCUUCGCAUCAGGGAUGAUUUCUGCUCUUGUUGGUCUGGUGUGGACCCAGAACACCCCAGCGCCCCUGGGAUGUACACAGAACGGAAAACUCUACCGCCCAGGACAGGAGAUCUUUCGUAGCAGAGUAGGGGAUUGGUGCUAUGGAACGACUUGUUCUCCCAAAAGUCUGAUCGUUAGGUGGGACGACUUUAACUGCGGGGUAUCAUCAAAUUCUCAGCCAGUGAGUUGUGUGGUGAACGGAAAAGUCUACCAGCCGGGCGACGACAUUUCCGAAAGUCGAGCUGGAACCUGGUGUUACGGGAAGUUCUGCGAUCUUAACGGGCAUUUGGUUUCGUGGAAUAACUACGAUUGCGCAGAGGAAGUGCCGCCUACAUUCCCUCCAACAACUUCCACCGGGAAGAAAUUAGUGAGAAUCGAGCAAGCCGGUGAGGGAACGCGCCCUCUACCUUCGACCACUUCACCUCCAACCACCCUUAGACGCACAUGCCUUUACAACGGUGUCACCUACCAGCCAGGUGAGCAAAUCCCCGAUGGAAUGGGCUGUGGGUUCGAGUGUUCUAAGAAUGGGGAACUGCUGCGUUGGCCCUGUACAACUACAUCUACCACCACCUUAUCCCCAGGAUGCUUAUACAACGGCGUGACUUACCAGCCAGGUGAGCAAAUCCCCGACGGAAUGGGCUGUGGGUUCGAGUGUUCUAAGAAUGGGGAACUGCUGCGUUGGCCCUGUACAACUACACCUACAACCACCUUAUCCCCAGGAUGCUUAUACAACGGCGUGACUUACCAGCCAGGUCAGCAAAUCCCUGACGGAAUGGGCUGUGGGUUCGAGUGUUCUAAAAAUGGGGAACUGCUGCGUUGGCCCUGUACAACUAAAUCUACCACCACCUUAUCCCCAGGAUGCUUAUACAACGGCGUGACUUACCAGCCAGGUCAGCAGAUUUCUGACGGCAGAGGGUGUGGCUUUGAAUGCGGUCCCGACGGGCAACUUUUGCCUUAUCCCUGUACGCGUCCCACCUCACCUCCAAUACCACCUACUACUGCACAGAUCCCGGCGUUUGGCGCUACUUGUAUGUACAACGGAGUUACUUACCAGCCGGGCCAGCAGAUUUUGCGAGAUGCCAACGGAUGCGGCUUCGAAUGUGGCCCGAAUGGGGAGUUACUGGCUUAUCCUUGUCAACAACAUACCAUCGUACCGAUCACCACGCCAGCUCCUUCUUGUUUCUACAACGGACAGCAUUACGCGCCUGGUCAGCGAAUUCCAAGCAAUGGUCAGAACUGUGGCGGUCUAUGCUCCGAACAAGGCGAGUUGCUCUUCGCUACAUGCGUCAGUCCUCCCACUACCCGUCCCACAUCGCCUGUAACAUGUUCAUAUAACGGCGUGACGUACUCACCGGGUCAACAAAUUCCUGACGGAAGUGGCUGUGGGUUUGAAUGUUCCACAAACGGGGAACUCUUAGCGUAUCCAUGCCCUCCACCGACGACAACGCCAGUUACCAUUGCACCGAAUACGUGUGUUUACGAGGAGAGAAUGUACCAGCCUGGAGAAAGCUUCGGCGAGGGUAAGUCUGGAAACUGGUGUUAUGGUAUGUUCUGUGACAACAACGGCGAAAUUGUAGCAUGGGAUGACUUCCAAUGUGGCGAGACAACGCCGCCAAUACCUACGACAGAACCCACAACAACUCCUCGUGGGUGUUAUUAUAACGGGACUAUGUAUCAACCCGGCUCAACUAUCCACCGUGACUCAGCUGGCUGUGGGAGAUUUUGUAACCAGCAGGGACAGAUUGACUACUAUGUAUGCACACGCCCCACCCCUCCAUACACCACCACCCCGGGAGGAUGUGUUUAUGAAGGAAAGAUAUACCGUACAGGCGAGAGGUUUGCCGAAGGCAGGGAAGGAAACUGGUGCUAUGGGAUGUACUGUGGAGAAGACGGACAGGCUAUACCAUGGGACAAUUUUCAGUGUGGUGAAACCACGACGCCAAUACCCACGACAAUACCUUCUGGGUGUUACUAUAACGGGACCAUGUAUCAACCCGGGUCAACUAUCCACCGUGACUCGGCUGGCUGUGGGAGAUUUUGUAACCAGCAGGGACAGAUUGACUACUAUGUGUGCACACGCCCCACCCCUCCAUACACCACCACCCCGGGAGGAUGUGUUUAUGAAGGAAAGAUAUACCGUACAGGCGAGAGGUUUGCCGAAGGCAGGGAAGGAAACUGGUGCUAUGGGAUGUACUGUGGAGAAGACGGACAGGCUAUACCAUGGGACAAUUUUCAGUGUGGUGAAACCACGACGCCAAUACCCACGACAAUACCUUCUGGGUGUUACUAUAACGGGACCAUGUAUCAACCCGGGUCAACUAUCCACCGUGACUCGGCUGGCUGUGGGAGAUUUUGUAACCAGCAGGGACAGAUUGACUACUAUGUGUGCACACGCCCCACCCCUCCAUACACCACCACCCCACAUUUAUGUAUUCACGAAGGGAAAGCAUACAGACCAGGGGAAAGAUUUGGCGAAGGCAGGGAAGGAAACUGGUGUUACGGAAUGAUUUGCGGAGAAAACGGAGAAACUUUAUCGUGGGACAACUUCCAGUGUGGUAAAAACACAACGACGACGUUCACAUCUCCGUCUACUUCUACCAGGCAGCAAGGAGGCUGCAUGGUCGACGGGAAAUUUUACAAGUCCGGAGAGGAAAUUUCCCGUGUUAGUAGCCUGAACAUGUGUUAUGGAACGCUGUGUGACGAAAAUGGCGACGUAAUAGCAUGGGAGGAUUUUACCUGUGGCAACACUGGCAACACGAUUAAUCCUCAAGACCCUGUAAAAGAUUGCCAGUACAAAGGACAGUCUUACAAACCUGGACAAAAGAUCCUAUUGGCGGACAGUAGGGGGUGUAAGGUGUACUGUUCGCUAGAAGGCCGUGUAAGAGUGGAACGUUUCCCAUGUAUCACCCCUGUGACAGGCACGUCCACUAAAACGCCUAAUAAUUCCACGUACGCAGCUUAUAUUUGUUCAAGUCGAAAUGGAACAGCUGCCAAUGGAACAAGACUAGUAAUUUGUACCAGUGGAUUUUCCCCGAUAAUUGCGACAAGUUUUCUUAGCAUUGCCAUUUCAUUAUUUGCUCAUUUGGUUGUACUAAUAUUUCUUUAGAGAUUAAUCAUUUUCUUGUCCUGUCUGUUUUCACUGGUCUCUUUAGAACAUCUAAAUUCAGCUGAAAUAACAUUUUUGUUAUAUAGAAUUUUCAGUAUGGAAGUUAUUAUAGCACAAAUAUUGCAUAUUCUUUUGUGAGAUACUAUUCCACCGUCAUAAAAUGGCAAAAGAUAGAAAAGAAUAAUUAGUAUUCGACUUUUGUCGAAAUUUCGCUAGAGCCAUGGUAUUUUAGAGUACUGAUUGCACGAAUACCUAUCACUUUACUCUGGAUUUCACGGUUCGAUACCAAUGUAGUAUCCCUCAAUAAUUAACUGAUAUCGGUUGAUAAAUCUUCCGUUUUCCUACUCGAGAAAUGCUGUGGCUCUCGGGGUAUUUCAGUCGAUUACCGCUUAUCCAAAUUGUUCCUUUGUAGAUUCCGCUGUAUCUAGUUUCCGUUGUUUCUAGUUUCCGUUGUUUCUAGUUUUCGUUGUUUCUAGUUUUCGUUGUUUCUAGUUUUAUGUUGAAUACCGUCUCUCCUUAAUCCAUAUAUAGUUAAAUGUAAUAUUUUUGUUUCAAUAUUAACACUUGUCUUAUGUCGUUCUUGUGGAAAAAAAAUUGAAUUUUUUUCAAAAGUACACGUACAUUUCAGUUAUAUUUCUGUAUUUUGUGAUUUCGUGACCAAUGUAGCUUCCUAGACACUCUUUUGGCUUAAAACGUAGUUGACUUGAUUGCAAAUAGCAACUGAAUUAGGUUUACUUGUGACAUACAUUUUGUUUAGUGAAAACGAUGUCAUACAUGAUAAAUAUGUUUGAACUUUGUGUUCUUAGUUCUAUGCUGAAAAGUGUCUUUUAGAAAAUUUUAAAAAAAGCAGUGUAGUGUAGGGUACGGUGCUGAAUCAUGUCGUGAUUAAAAAAAAAAGUAUUAUAUCAAAUAGUCUCUUGUAUGGUAUUUGUUACAGUAGACUGCAACACGCAUGCCCAGUCGUGUGACAUCACCUGUGAUAAAAACCAGUCAUCUUAUAGGUAACUGCAUACCCUACUCUAAAGAACAAUAUCGUGUUAUGUGCUUCACCUAUGUCAAUAUUUUAAGUACUUUGUCGGCAACAGCGUCACACUUUUUUUCAUGUGUUCAUAGUUUAGAUUUUAUGACAUAGAUCGUUUUUUCCACGUCUAGCUCACUAAGAUGUUUGCCUAUUCAACCAUUGUUCGAUGUCAAAUAUGGGAUCAAUUUAUUUUUUUAUAAACUUCUUAUUUACAUUUUUAUCCCCUUCGUUUUUACAUCUAUGCUUAGCAAAUGAUAAAAUUGUAUAUAUUGCUGGAGAAAACUAAAAUAAUGGGUUUUGAAUUGCUUUUGGAAACCUUAAUAUAACACGUCAAAGAGAAUUGCCUCUAUUACAAGAGGUGACAAAGUGUACUAUCUCUUUUAAGUUUUAAUAUGCACCAAUACGUACUAUUAAAGGUCUUUUUGACGUAAUCUAGGCUAUUUCACUGGCAUGAAGACAGCUUUACAGUAUUUCAAAAUGGGUGCCUUUUUCUUAUUGGUUGAUAAAACUUUUACUGUUUUUUUUUACUAUGUAAGGCUUAUGCAAACCAUACUGCCUUUUGAGAAAGCGUGUCUGUCAAUAAAUAUAAAGAAUGUUCUAAACAGCUUAAAUGUAUGAGAAAGUUCGUAUUUUGUGGAUAAGUGUUUUUCUCUGAGAAUCACCCUGAGUAUUCCAAGAUUCAUUGUUAGCGUGAGUUAACUAAAACAACAUUCACUUUUCAGCAAUGUCAUAAAGAUCCGAAAGAUCCUUAAGAGACAACUGCUGACUCGGUGAAAUAAUGGGCUGGCCUUCUCGUUGCCCAUUGAUCGUACCAUGGUCGAAGGUUCGAAUCCAGCUCUAGCUGUUUUGUCUGCGGCUUUAAGUCAGGAGGCUUGCCAGGCACCUAGCGCCGGGUUGUCGCUCAUUUCUGAAAAAGCCGAUUUCCUUCAUGCACGAUCCUCAAACCCUGCGAAAGAGAUGUCUGUCCUAAACUUCCAGGCGCAGCCUAGAAUAGUUCAUUGUAUAUAAAAUAAGAUUGUGGUUUGCAUGAAUUGUGAGUGUGCCAAAAGUAUUUGAGGAUAUUUACGAUGCCCUGCUGUGAUGUAAUUAAGGAAAACCUUACUUAUAUAUAAUGAACCCUGUCUCGGCUGGUGUCGCUAUCUGUGCCAGUGAUAUCAGGAUGAUGGGAAGAAACGUUCGUUUAUCUCAUCGGAACAGUUCCACCAUCUCAAAGCAGUAGUUGCCGAUGUGAUUUUGGCACGAAAAAGAUGUAUAUAAAUUCCAUGCUAUUAUUUUAUUAUUGAAGUGUAUAAAACGUAAAUUCUCACGAUAAUUAACUAUCUUGUAUAUGUAUCAUGUGUGUGUCUUUUAUACAUAUGCGUGUAAUUUAAAAUUGUAUAAUAGUUUGGUUUUCUACUCAUUGUCAUUUACAUUUUUUUUAAUUAACAGUUUGUGUCUUGAUUGAUUCAGAUAUUGCGUUACUAAUGUACUUGUAGAUCGUCUAUUGUCCUUAUUGGAUUCUUCUGAAAAUGUUCCGAAAACUACAUAAUUGGCGAGAAUCUUUGUUCAUCAAUAAGAACUUAAUGGCGAUUCAUUCAGAUCAUACACGUAAAAUGACCGCCUUUGAUAAUUAGGAGAAAGCAAACUUUUCGAGGCAGAUAUUUUCAUGUUCUCAAAUAUUUUUUUGUGUAAGCUAUAAACAUCGGAUGCAGUUUUGUGUAAGAAUUUUUAAUCAAAGAUAUGUACACGAUACUUGCUAUUAAAAUAUUACGUGGGAAGAGUAAAGUGGUUCCGUGUUAUUUUAUUCAGAUUUAUGCGGCAAGAAUACCACUGUCACAAAAUGUCAGCGCGAGUGUGGAUGAAAUUAUGUCGGAAUAUUCUUA